CCCCGUGACGUCAUCAGAACGCAUGCGCAGUAUAGUCUGUCUGUCCAGCGCUUCCUAAACACGAACGGAUUCAAACUCUUGCGGAUGCUGAUUGACAGCUGUCAGAUGCUGAUGACCUCAUGGCCUCGUCCUCUGAGGUGAACGUCCACAUGGAGGAGGUGGUGGUGGUCACGACCCCUGACACCGCGGGUCAGACUUCAUCUGGCGAUGAGGAGAAGAAUAUACUGGUGGCUUCUGACCUGGAACAGUCUGACUUUUGUGUUUUCCUGCACAGGGAAAACAUUAUGGAGCAAUCCAUGGAGUCCGAGGCCGAGUCCAGCACCACUCUCUCUCUGCCCAAGGACACUGUGCUGGUGAAGAUAUCUGACGAUACAGAUGUAGAGGGUGAUAUUCUCUACCCGAUAACCUGUGGAGACAGCAAAGCCAACCUGGUGUGGAAGAAGUUUGUGUGUCCCGGGAUCAACAUCAAAUGUGUGCAGCUGAACGAGCAUCUCAUCAGUCCGAAGGAGUUCGUCUAUAUAGCGGGAAAGUCCACGCUGAAGGACUGGAAGAGAGCCAUUCGCCUCAAUGGGACCAUGUUAAGGAAGAUCAUGGAUUCAGGAGAGCUGGACUUUUACCAGCACUCCAGACUGUGUUCAAACACCUGCCGCAGUACCAAGAUUGACCUGGUGGGGUCCCGAGUGUCUCUCAGCAGCCAGCAGUCCACCGAAACGGCUCCCGCGACCCCCGCCUCAGUGGACGUGAAUGGAUGUUCAGCUUCGUUCUCCACAGAUGGUGACGACAGCACUGAAUGGGUCACGGCAAUAGGAGAGGACACCAUGACCUUCUGGAGAGGACUGAGGGAUGCUGGGCUGUUGGAGGAAGUCAUGGAGGAUCUGGAGAGACAGAUCCAGGAGAUUCUCAAGGGCCUCGAGGAGCGAAUCCAAGACCCGCCACUGCAGGUCAAAGAUGCCGCUCUGCUCAACAAUAUAGUCCAGAACUUUGGGAUGUUGGACCUGGUGAAGAAAGUUCUGUCCAGUCACAAAAGCCAGAUGGACCGCUGUAGGGAGCAGUACACACGCAGCUUAGUGGCCCUAGAGCAACAGUGUGACGAGCAUCGCAAGCGCGCCAAAGAGCUGAAGAGCAAAUCUCAGCACCUCAACAACGUCCUGAUGACCUUGACCCCCGUGACCUCGCCACCCACUGCCAAACGCCCCCGUCUGACCCGUGCCGUUUCGGGCCCCGCCACCGUGGCCCCGACCCCCACCCAGUCCACGCACUUCACCCUGCCCAUCACCCAGCUCACCGGCAUCCCUCUGUCGGCUCAGACUCAGUCUCCGCUGAUCGGCGGAUACACCGUGCUGACGUCACCCGGGGGGGCCGAGCUGCAUCCCGACGGCUCCAACCUGACCGUACUGAGCGCUGCCGGCGUCCCACAGGGCUCCGCGGGACACACGUUUGUCAAAGUGGUCAGUCCGUUUCAGCUGGUCACGUUGCCCACAAUGGGAGGAGGAGCCACGCUGCAGAACCUGGGAGCACCAGUAGGGGGCGCUGCAGGCAACACUGUAGUCGCUGUGCCCGUUAGUACUGUCAGUAGCAUAAACACUGCCGUCGUCGAGACCGUCGGGCCGCAAGCGGACGCGGCGACAGAACAGAGAGAUGACCAGGAGUGAAAUUCUCCUGAAAGGUGGUUUUUUUUUGCACGUAACGUCAAUGUAUCAGAUAAUUUGAAUACGGAGGAUGAACUUUUUUGCUUUUUAAUGAGGAAAAUUUGCAACUUUUUUUGCAAAAGCAGCCAUGGUUUGGUAAUGAAAGUCUUUUGUUUGCAUUGCAUUUUG